GUAGAUUUAAAGAGGAACGAUGGAAGUGAAACUACCGCGUUUUAUGAAGUUGUCCUUGAAAUACCAUCUUGUUGCUGGAUUAUUCAUUCGUAUGCUACUGAUUGCAUAUGGAGACUAUCAUGAUGAUUAUUAUGAUGUCCCGUAUACAGAUGUGGACUAUAAAGUAUUCACCGACGCCGCGAGACAUGUUGUCCAUGGCGAUUCGCCUUAUAAACGACAUACGUAUCGCUACAGUCCCAUUAUAGCCUAUAUGCUAACGCCCAACAUAUUCUUCCAUAAAAAUUUUGGGAAAAUAUUGUUUUCAAUCUUCGAUAUCUUAGUCACGGUGGCUGUAAAGAAAUUGGUUGAACAACAGUUGAGCUUAACGUGGAAAGACAAAAAUAAAGCAUCCAAAGUCGCUUUGUACUGCUCCUUUUUUUGGAUUUAUAACCCAAUGAGCAUUGGUAUCUCUACAAGGGGGAACGCAGAUUCUGUCACAAGUUUCUUUGUUAUUCUAUCGCUAAUGUUCUUACAGACAAAUAUAGUAUUGGGACUGUGGAAAUAUGUCUGGUCGGGCAUUUUGUUGGGUAUUUCGAUACAUUUGCGACUUUAUCCGUUGGCCUUCAGCUACCCAAUGUAUCUUUCCCUCGGCAAAUUCAAGAUCACGCAUCGAACGCGCUUGGCAGAAGGUUUUCUGUGCCUUUUGCCUAAUAUAAAACAGAUAUUAUUAUCCAUGAGUUGUAUAUUAACUUUAAUAUUUCUGACAUACGGCAUGUAUGCGAUUUAUGGCUACGAAUUUUUAUUCGAAACUUAUAUUUAUCAUUUGUUCAGAAAAGAUACAAGACACAAUUUUUCUGUGUUAUUUUACUACUCCUAUUUGAAUAUGGACAAUCCCGCUGUUGAUGUAGUGAAGCUAAUUGCGCACGUAUGCGAGUUCUCAAUAUUGUUUGCGCUCAGUUUGACGUUUGGUCGUGAAGCUCAAACAUUACCAUUUGCCUUAUUUUGCCAGGCUGUGGUAUUAGUUGCUUUUAAUAGUGUUAUGACAUCACAGUACUUUAUUUGGUUUAUGUCCCUUCUGCCGUUAGUUAUACAUAGUUUUGCAAUGGAAAGUCGCAAAGGGUUACUACUUGGCGUUGUAUGGGCAAUGGCACAAACGGCUUGGCUUAUAUUCGCGUAUUUACUAGAGUUUAAAUGUAUAGAAGUGUUCGUUUUUAUUUGGCUUAAAAGUGUUAUUUUGUUCUGUGCACACAUUUUUGUGUUGUCGAAAAUAAUACAGUCUUACGUGCCUUUUCACGGCUUUGGAUUGAUUAAAAAAGAGAACUAGUGUAGAUGAUUUUUAGUCAAUAACUGACUUAGUAUAUGUAUAGUUUUAAUGGAAUUU